AUGUCAUGUCUUGGCGGACGUGCCUAUCUCUUCCGUGAGUACCCGAGUACUCUCGAAGCUGCAAUUACUCUUGCAAUGCAGGAGGAGUUUAGCCUGCGGCAGGCUAAGCUGCAUGCACAUGUGGCGAGGCCACAGCCACGCCCGGUAGUGAGGACGGGAGGCCCAGAACCCAUGGACCUCUCGAGUGCUGCAACUGCUGGACCCCAGUAUCGGUCACUUUGCUCGGGAGUGCACGGCCCCCUAGACGCGGGGCGCCCUACUGGUAAUGCAGUUCCGCGUGUCGACCUUGGACACGCGACACUGAGGACUGCAGCCCCCAGUGAGGUUCAUUCUCACUGCAAGAACCAAGAUGACAAGCCUGACCUUGUCAUCCUGAACUUUGUCGAGACCUUUAUCGUCCUGGAUCUGGACGAUAAGUUUGACAUUGUAUUGGGCAUGCCGUGGCUUGCACGGCAUGAUCCGGUCAUCGAUUGGCAGAAGCGCACUCUCGUGCGCUUCGGUCGCGACAGCGGAACAGUGAGCGAUGGCCCUGUUGCCGCUACGCACGCAUCGACAGGUACGCGCGACUCCCCCCUCGAGACAGCGCCUAAUACCGCUGUCCCGGAGCGCCCUGGGCGCGCGCGAGCACACGCCCAAGAGCAG